AGCUCAUUAGAUUACUGUAUAAUUUCACAUUUGUUUGUUUAAAUAAACUCAUCCAUUAAUGAAGGUUUAUAAGAUUCUUUUGAGUUUCUCACUGUUAUUCCACUUAACGACAUUGUUAUUGGCUACAAUACCGAAAGUGGAACAAUACUUCAAUAAAAAUGAUUUAUGUAAAAUUAGUAACACGUUGAACAUUGAGCAUAAUUACUCAGCAUGUCAUAUUCUUGAAGAAGCCAUAAAACGUUUCAUGUUACGAUUAAAUAUGCUGCAUCCUGUGCUGCUAUUCCCCCAGUUCGAAAUCUGUACAAUAUCAAAGAUGGCGAUUGUAAUCUCAGAAGGAUGUGAUGAAAGGGAGAGUAAAUUAUGGCCAUAUUAUUCAAUGAAUGAGUCAUGUAAGUUGAAUUGACGACCAGUGGUGUUUUCGAGUAGUGCUCUACAACAUUGUGAUUCCUUUAGAUAUAUUGGAUAUAUCUCGGAAUACUUUGUAUAUUGAAUCACAUGAGAUAUGGGGAACACUGCACGCUCUUGAGACUAUCCUUCAAUCAUUGUAUAAAGCU